CACCACUGUACACUGAAAAAUGAGUAACACGCAAGGAUUGCUAAAUCAUGGCUACCUUCAUGGAACGGUUAGCUUUCCUUCAGAAAGUCCCAACUCUGAUGAAGGCUACAGCAGAUGAUGAGAGCCCCUGUCCUGGUUACCUUUUCCAAGAAAUUGGAAAAAUCUCCCAUGAGUCUUCAGCUAGUGAUCAGUGCUUGCUGGAGUACCUUCUGGAGAGGCUGCAAGUAGAGUCCUGUCAUGUCAAACUCAAGGUGCUGAAGAUCUUCGUACAUCUGUGUGGCCAUGGCUCAAAACAUUUCCUCACUGAACUCAGGAGGAAUUCCACCUUCAUUCAGCAAGCAUCAGUUUACAGUGGCCCUCCUCAUCCCAUCCAUGGCACGGCUUUGUAUCAGAAAGUGAGAAAGACAGCACAGGAAGUUGCACGGCUGCUUUUCACAGAUACAAUUUCCAUCAAAAGUGGUGUCCUCCCGCUCAACAUAGCAACCCCAACAAUGGGUAUGGGAUCAGCAGCCACUCACAGGUCAGCAAUGCAGGGCUUUGGUUACAAUCCAGGGAAGCAGGGGACAGCAGGUGCUGACUCCCUUCUGGAUAAGAUCCAAAAAGCUGCAGAGGUUGUGGCCAGUGCUGUCCUACCACCUACAGAGCACCAGGGGAUCCGUCUUCAUGACAACCAGUACCGGGCUGUAGUGGCACCCUCAGUGCCAAUAGAAGUGGCUGUACCAGCAUGCGCCUAUAGUCUCCCUGCUUGCAAACCACAAGGGGUGACCCAGCGGUGUCCAGGCCAGGUAGGAGGCGGAUGGGAAGAAACUGACAGUGGCAACACAUCCUCUCACCACUCAUCCCAAGACAUCUCGACCAAUAGCAGAGCCUCCAUGGGAAGCAAAUCAGCGUGCACCGGUAGCCAAUCAGGAGCCAGCAGAGAAAGCAGUGGCGACCUAUCGGAACAGGUGGAAGCCUUGCAGUUGGGCGACUGUGGCCAGGAGAUGGCGCUCAUCAGCAAGCUGACUGAAGGUUCAAGAGUUUUUCUGUCCAGUGAGGAAAGCCAGCACUUCAUCAAAGAGUGCUCCACUCUUAACUGUGAUGUUGUGGUGGAGUUGCUCUCAAGCGGCCUGCAAGAUCCCUCAAACAUUGUCAAGAUGAGGGUGCUGUGUGCUGUAUCCUGCCUCAUGACAACUGAUCUUCUGUCCCUGGAGCAAAUUUUUGGAGCGACGCAACGUCGGCUCCGUCAGCUCAGUGAGGACCCUCCAGGACCUGUUGCCAACAAAGCCACUAAGAUCCUGCGACAGUUCAAGGCCUUGAUGGGUGGAGCUCGUCAUGCAGCCAAACAGGAUCCUGCCAGCAGCUGUCAACUAAUCAACCAUACAUCUAGCCAACUUCUUACUCACAAUCAUGUCAAUCACCCAUCAUCGGCAUUUAAUGUGAACAGCGUGUCCUCACAGGAGUUCAUAAACAACGAGGAGAAACAUCUUCUUACCGAGCAGCAAUUGGCUCUUGAAUCUGUUAGAACUGUUGAGACGAAGGCUGCUAAAGAGGAGAGCACGUCAUCCAUGGAGUCAUUGAGUGUGCAGCCUUGUGUCAGCAGACUGUCCCUGUUCAGUGGUAUGAACUUGGUCACCAGGGGGAGGCCUCAGUGUGAAAGUACAACUUUCCACAUAGACAUAGACUCGCUACAGGAAUCUGUAAAGGACAACCAAACUGUGCACGAGUGUGACGGCCCAGCUCCUGUUGUGUUUGACGGCAGUCAACAGGCGUCAGCCUUCUCCUUUCUCAAUUCUUGACGUUGAAUUAACAAGAUGCUUUGCACCUUUUACAAAAAAAAGUCAAGUAAUGCCAUCAUGUUUUAAUAGCAUGACACCCAUUUGUUUUUUGUUGGUGGAAACAAAAGAGAUCACGUCCGCCUGUGAAAACUAGAUAUCAACAGUGUGCACUUUGUGUGAGGCAUCCAGUGUGCACUCUAAUAGUUGUUGACCUUCCUCGUCUCUACAUGUAUUGAGUGUAUCUGGUUUGAAGAUACAGCUUAUCACCAGUGGUUUUAUCUCAGGAUUAAUGUUAAACAACAAAAACAACCUCUGCAGCACAUCCUGAAACUCCGCUUUGCACUUUGCACUAAAAUAGCCUCACUAACCUAGAAUUGUUUUCUGUUAUUUAGUGUUAUAUUGCUGCAGACGUCUGAUUGUGAAUUUACUAUUUAUUGUGGUAAGCUUGUGUUGAUCAUCAUACAAAAGGUGCUAGGGCGCAUGUCUACAAAUUUGUGAUGUGGUGGAUUAGCGGGCAUGAGAAGUGAAGAAUCAGUAAAUAAUGAAUUUUAAUUUGCAACAGUGGAGAUCAUCAUAUAAACAAAUAAAAACAGAUUAACGCUCAGUCUUCCUUUUCAUAAAAUCCCCUGGUCAUAUAUGGAUUCCAUGCCUACUUGUUGGUUUCAGGCUCAGACCCACCAUUCAAAAAUGAUCACAAAGGCUAAAUAAAAUUCCUUUAGUAUGACUUUUUGGAUUUGGCUUUAAAUGUUAAGCAAGGCUAUAAAUAGGUACAUUUAAAUGGAAAACACUGGAAUAAAUGUGAGGAAAAAAAUUGCACAGGUUUUUGAGUAAAGUGCAUCACUUUAUUUACUUUUGCAAGCACUUUGGAUCACACUUCCCUCGUGAUUAGCACCAAUGAACAAGUCCACACAUCAACGCACACAUGUCAAGAGAAUGGUACCUCUUUAUAAAGUGCACAGGGUGCGUGCACACACGCAUAUCAAUACUGCACAGUAAACCACAGUGGUUGGGCCAUGAAAAGGCAAAUGUGCUUAUGGUGUUCACAAAUGGUGUAUAUGGCGGAGUGGGGAUGAGCCUUGCAGCCAGUAUUCUGUAAACUUCCCCAUGUUUCGACACCCCUGCCCAGUUGAACGCGAGGGUGCCUCUAAUGGUUGGCCCUCAGGGGCCAACUCGGCGAGGGCCACAGGAAACGGGGUCACAGAUGGUGGUCAUGUUGAGCCUGGACGGCCUCUGGUCUGUAGACUGCUGAAGUGCGCCUCCCUCAGGACUCUGUUGAUGGAGUUGUAGGAGAAAGUGCUGCCGUCACCAUGGAAACCGUGCUGCAUGGAGACAGCAGAGUCUUUGGGCUUCGUGCUGGGGGAGUACUGUGGGAUGCGGUUGUUCUGGCUGUGUAUGCAUGGCCUGCUGGUGGCCACUAGUGUGCUCUCUGUGCUGCAGAUCCCAUUACUGCUGUCACUGCUUGAAGACUGCAAACACAGAAACAUACACAAAUGGGCUUUCACUUGAGCGCCUCCAUGCUGAAUGCAGAUACUUGAUAAAUAAAACAUCCACGCCAUUU